AUGAGACCAGGAGUCACUAUAGACAAGGAAGCAGAAAUGGACAGUAUUCGACCUGGAGCCUCAAAAGAAUCAAAAAUGAGGCUGGGCAAUCCAGAAGAAACAAGCGAAGGUGGCACCAACGAAUGGCAUCAGGAUUCUUUGGAUAAUGUGACUUCUCUGAUUGUUGAUUUUGUGAACACAGCCCCGGCCAAAGGGAAAGUGUUUGAUUCUUUGGUAAACAACACACUCAGCAAACUCAAAGAGGAGCCUGCGGUCCUCCAGCAGAGCCAGCGCAGUGAUGACCUUCCCAGCUCUUCAGCAGAUAUCAUCCAAUCCAAGCAAAGCAGUGCUCCCAAGCCCGUAGCAAAACCCAUCCAGUCCAAGCAGGGUGAUAAUCCCAAGCUCCUGACUAAACCACUCAUGCCCAAGCAGGGAGGGAGCCCCAAGCCCUCAGUAAAAGCCAUCCAGCUCAAGCGAGAUGACAGCCCCAAGCCCUCAGUGAAACCCACCCAGCUCAAGCAAGAUGACAGCUCCAAGCCCUCAGUGAAACCCGCCCAGCUCAAGCAAGAUGACAGCUCCAAGCCCUCAGCGAAACCCGCCCAGUUCAGGGUGGGCAACAGCUCCAAUCCCUUACCAAAAUCCAUCCAGCCUAAAGAAGAUGACAUUCCCAAACUGUCAACAAAAGCCAUCCAACCCAAGGAAAGUGACAUUCCCAAACUGCCCACAAGACCCAUCCAACCCAAGGAAAGUGACAUUCCCAAACUGCCUACAAGAGCCAUCCAGCCCAAGGAAAGUGACAUUCCCAAACUGUCAACAAGACCCAUCCAGCCCAAAGACAGUGAUGUUCCCAAACUGCCUACAAGACCCAUCCCGCCCAAGGAAAGUGACAUUCCCAAACUGUCAACAAGACCCAUCCAGCCCGGGGAAAGUGACAUCCCCAUACUGCCUACAAGACCCAUUCAGUCUGGGGAAAAUAGCAUCCCUAUGCUCUCAACAAAACCCAUUCCCACCAAGGAAGACGCCAUCUCCAAAUCCUCUGUAGAAGCCGUGCCACCAAAGGAGGGAGCCAUCCCCAAGUCCUCAGAGGAAACCACCUACUCCAAGCAAAGAGCCACUCCUGAGUCUUCAAAAGAAAGCAUCCGCUCCAAAGAGGAGGCCAACCCCAAGAUCUUAGAAGAAGGUAUCUCUGCCAAGGUAGGAGCCAUGGGUAAGCCUUCAGGAGAAAUCAAAGAAGGGACGACCUUGAAGCUCUCCAAAGAAGGCAUUCCCUCCAAGGAAGGCAUUCCCUCCAAAGAAGGCAUCCCCUCCCAGGAAGGCACUUCCCCCAAGCUCUCCAAAAAAGGCAUCCCCUCCAAGGAAGGCAUCCCCUCCAAAGAAGGCAUCACCCCUGGGGUCUCAAAAGAAGGCAUCCCCUCCAAGGAAGGCAUCCCCUCCCAGGAAGGCAUCCCCUCCAAAGAAGGCAUCCCCUCCAAAGAAGGCAUCACCCCCGGGGUCUCAAAAGAAGGCAUCCCCUCCCAGGAAGGCACCAACUCGGAGCCUCCAGCUGACACCAUGGAGCCCAAGGAAGACACCACCCCCAAGUCCAGAUCAGAACCUCGCCUCUUUCAGAAGCCGGCCACCUUCACUUUCUCAGAAGACAGCAUCCAGCUGGAGGAGGAGAGUAUCCUGAAGCUUCAGGAGGAGAUAGAGACCAUCCAUGCCAUCCAUGCAGAUCUGGUGAAAGUGAUCCUGAGCAAAGAGGACUUUGAGGCCUCACUCAGGGAGGCUGGGGAAAGGCUGGUGGCUGUGGACUUCUCGGCUAUGUGGUGCGGGCCAUGCAGGGCCAUUAGGCCGCGCUUCCAUUCCCUGUCCCUGGAGCAUGAUGACGUGGUAUUCCUCGAAGUGGACGCUGAUGACUGUGAGGAGAUCAUAAAGGACUGUGAGGUCACUUGCCUCCCAACCUUUCAGUUUUAUAAACAAGAAAAAAAGGUGGGCGAGUUUAGUGGUGCCCUUAUAGAAAAACUUGAAGCCACCAUUAAUGAAUUAAAGUAAUUGUAUCCUCUU